AUGGAGUCUUUUGACUUCUAUUUUGGAUUACAUCUUGGCGUGACGAUUUUUAGGCACACGGACAAUUUGUCAGCAACUUUACAAAAGGCAAAUAUGUCAUCGAUUUCCGGCCAACAUAAUACCAAGCUGACAACCGAGGUAUUGAAGGGAGUACGAAAUGAAGAAUGUUUCAAGUCUUUCUUCCAAACCAUUUUGAAAAAGAAAGAGGCCUUGAAAGAUAUUUCGGAACCCAGAGUACCAAGAAAGAGAAAGGCACCUGCAAGAUAUGAAGUGGGAGAAGGAGAACCUUGGUACCCUGAAACGUCGGAAGAUUUGUACAGAAAAAUCUACUAUGAAGCUCUUGAUCUGAUUGUAUCGGCCAUCAAUGAACGUUUUGACCAGCCCAGUUUUAAAGCUUAUGCAAAAUUAGAAGCCCUUCUUCUAAAAUCUUUGAAAUCAGAAGACAUUUCUUAUGAAAUGGCCUUUGUAAAGGAGGUUUACCAUCAGGAUAUAAAAGUAGAGUUUCUUAUCCCACAACUGGAAAUUUUCAAAGUAUUAAUGAAGGAGAAAAAACUAGAAUAUUUUGCUGAGGUCUUAGACGCUGUGAAAAAUUUGGAUCACAAUACACAGCAAAUGAUUAGUGAAGUACUCACCAUAUGUAAACUCCUAUUGGUUAAUCCGGCAACCAGCGCAACUGGUGAAAGAUCAUUUUCAACCGCACGACGAAUAAAAACAUGGCUUAGAGCAAAUAUGUCACAGAGGAGAUUCAGUCAUCUGGCGAUAUUAAAUACCCACAAAAUACGAGGUGACAAUAUACGGUUAUUGGACGUAGCCAAUGUAUUCGUGUCCAAGAAUGACAACAGAAAACCUAACUUUGGUUCAUUUACGGAGCAGGAUCUCUGUUACAAUCUCAACAAUAAUCUUUAA